UCUGUAACUAUUAACGAAAAUCGUUUAGUUAAAUUUAUCGAAAAAAAAAUUGUUUGCACUAACGAUUAUGUUAUUCUCUAAUUCCUAGUUAACAGAAACCGAUAUCGUUUUUUUUUAUUUGGUAACUCUACCCAUAAAAAGAAAAGCACAAAGAGGAAUAGACAAAAACAAUAAAUAAUUCUUCUAGACUGACAAAUCUAAACUCCUAUUUUAUUAAAAAAAAAAAUAAAUAAAAAGAAUGGCGUCUAAAAGAAGCCGUGCCUCCGGUGAGCAAUUGAAUGCAAUGGUAGACUUUAUGACCCAAAACCCUGUUUUUGCCGGAGGGAAAUUUGCUAAGCUCCAUGGCAAACAGGAAAAUGAACAAAAAUGGGCUGAGUUAAGUGACAAUUUGAAUGGUCUUGGUGGGGCAUUUAAAACCAUUGACCAAUGGCAAAAGGUAUGGGCUGACUUGAAAAGCAGAACCAGUGUGAAAGUUCGAGAGCGAAAGAAGCAGAUGGCCCUUACAGGAAACCAUCCUCUUUCGGAGGAGCCUGUAACGGAACUGGAAAAGCGCGUAAUUUCUCUAAUCGGGAAAUGUUAUAUAGAGGGCCACGACGAAGUUAAAGAAAACGUUCCUGCAGAGGAAGCUCUGCAACUCCGCAUGGAAGAUGGAGAAGACAUCUGUCUUCAUAUUCCACCAUCAGAAUUUGAAGCCACAUUGGAAUAUAAAUGUGAGACUCCAUUUGCAACUCCAACAACAGCGAAGAAGACGCCAAGGAGCCGGAUGCCAAAAAAGGCUUUAGAGAAUGAUAUUCAAAAACAAUUUUUGGACAUUGCUAACAAGCAUGCAGAAAGUUUGAAGAUAUUAGCUGAAUGUGCUGCAGCAAAUGCUGAAAACGGCAAGGUGAUGGCGGACGCUAUUAAAACCUUGGGAACUGGUUUGAAUGCAGUAGCUGAUGCAUUUAAUAACUUGGCCCUAUCGAUAAACAAGCUACAAUGAAAAUGACAGGUUUCGCUAGAGUCUGUAAAUUGUCCAUGUGUUACCUUCAUGUUUUUACAAUUAAUAUAGUAUAAAUAGACAAAACUUGUAUAUAAUACAAAAAAAAAAAAAUUAACUGAUAAAUUUUUGUACUUAU